CCUCCUCCUCCUCGACAGUGUUCAUGCCCAGCAUAUUCACCCGCGCACGGACAACGUCCACAAAGACUGUCAACAAACCGAACAUCGACGCUGGCAUCGACGAGUUUGGUCGCGUAAAUAGUCGUGGUGCGCCCCCACUCCCAUCCAAGGACAAGCGCGCGCAGACUCUCUCGCAACCAAAACGCGCUACAGCCACCAGUGCUGCUGACUUUGAGCUCCAGACAGACGUCGAGGAUGGUUUCCUCCCAACAUGCCUGAGCAAUCCACAGAACGAGACGUCCGAACGAGACUAUGGUUAUUUGGCUCAUGAGGCUCACGUCGUCCUUUCUCCGGAGGAUCUCCAGCGUCUCGUCGAGGUCGUAUCUGAUGAGCUCAUCCAGCGUGGUCUCACAACCCCCUUCCUCUUCUCUAAUAUGGCCCUUGAUCUUGACGCGCCGUCCGUUCGGCGGCUCAUCACAGCUUUCCUUCGCUCCCCAGAUUUGCGCGACGAGGCACGCUUCGCCAAUCCUCACGCGCUCGCUUCCUUCCUUCGCUGGGGCCUCGCUCGUCCAGUACGCAUCGUAAACGGCGUAGAAAACCACGGGCUCAUCGACUGGGAAGUGUAUCUUCGCUGGCGGCACGUCGAACAUUCGGGGAACUUUAGCAAAACGGAAUUCACAAGCUUUGUCGGCCUGCUGCAGCCACAGCUGCGCGAGCUGGUCCUGACACUCUUUUCUUUCCUUUCUCGACUUCUCGCGAACUCUACGAGCUCGGGGCUCAUACCACCGACUCUUGCAAGCUUAUUCGGACCUCUGCUAUUCGGCCUCCCAACAACAAGUUUCCACGCAACAUAUACCGCUUACCUUCGCUCUGCCCACGCAACAGAGCAUCUCUUACUUGCAUAUGUACGGUUGCAGAUUUCUCAGGCGCCUCCCAGUGCUCCACCACCGCGCAGGCUCAUUUCCUGGGUGAAGGGAUAUCCUGCCACUCUCGCACCAAUUGAUUCGUUUGAAAGACCGAGACUGGGCGCAAAGACGCGUCGAGUUGCGAGCGUGCGUCGAAAUGUACGGCUUUAUUCGGAGGACUUGCUUAGGACAUGCGCAGCAUGGCCGAAAGGUGCAGAGGGUACGGCUGUGCGUUCAAGCAAGGAGUGGGGACGUAUUGCGCCGGAAAAGCGAGACGGCUCCCGACUAGAGCCACGUUACUCGGACGCAUUCAGGAAGAAGCUAGAUCUGCCUCCCGGAUUCCAUCCAUCUACGUCUUUGAUCGCUACCCAACCUGCUUCCCCAGUCUCGACGCCCGCUCUUUCCUCGGCCAGUUCGACUGCGAGCACACGUUCGUCAUUGUUUGAUGACCCUGCCGAAGAGGCCAAGUUUCGCAGCUUGACUGAUAUGAAAUGGGGUGAAUUCUCCAUGCUCGGAUUUGGGGACGGCGCUGCGGCGCCUUCUGCGCUUCAGUUUGAUCUUACAGAAGGUGCCCGGAAUGCCCGUGCCGCGAAACGGCAGACACUCAGCUGGAAUGACUUCAGUGCUGCCGGAUUUACCCGGAGUGAUGCGAGCCUCAGCCAGACGCUCCAGUUCUCACCUCCGCUGGCCCAAACUGUUCAGCAAUGGCCUGCUCAAGAAAAGGAGAUGCACCGUAAGCUUAAGAAGAAUGUUCAAAAAGCGCUUCCGCCAUUUGGCUGGGACACUGCUCCAAUCAUGGACGGCCGAGAAGAUGUCAUAGAGGAAGGCUUCUUGGAUGUAUUUUGUGAUCUCCUCUAUGGUGGCGGUUGGAUGGACCGGUCAGAGACAACUUUCAGAGAAUGCAAUUGGGCACUGGUCGAGUUCAGAUCCCUUCCAACUUCGCACUCGGAACCUUCGGCAACAUCACCGUCACUGUCACUCAGCUCGUCGACGGACCCCAGUGCUCCCCCUGAUCCACGAACGGCCUCUACACUAUUACUUUUUGAGGAAUUUGUUCCGGCAGAGUAUCGCGAAUCACUCCUUCGGCAAGGAAACAAACCUAACAUUCGCAUUCGAUUUGGUAUCACAUCUCUCCUUUCACCAAAGAAGGGCACAGGAAAGCAAUGGAAACAAGCUGCUACCCUCAAUGGAAGACCAUACGCGAUCGGAACUGUCCCAAGGAGUCCGAAUGCACGAGAGGCAGAGUUCGAGCGACUGUUGGCUGGAGGAAGCACAAGCAUGACGAAAGUGUUAUCUCUGGGCAGCUCUGCCACUGUUGGUCAUUCUGCCGGCUUGCGCGUUGAGACUCCCGUACCAGACCCAAAACGUUCAAUGUCAAGCCCUCAACAUGCUGCCGGAUCAACUCCCGCUACGCCCAUCACAUCUUCAUCACACGCACCGCAACCACCGUCAAAGUCUUCGAUGGAGUCACCCGUCCAGUCUCGUACAAUUUCGCCAUUUUCACCUGCUUCACUUCGUAAGGCUCGGUUCCGCUUCCCCGGCGCUAAUCGUGAUAAUCGUGGCAUUAUCCCGUCUGAAUACGAAACUGUCGACUUCGACACGAGGCUCGCUAGCUACAGUGACGAGGAGUUGAACGGACGCAGCAGUGCGGAGGGUAACAAAGCUGGUCCCGCUGGAUCGCGUUCAAAGACUACAAAAGAAAAGCGAAUGAGUAAAGAUGACGCUUGGGUUGACAUUUUAGUCGCUAGCGGUGGUAAACGUAUGUCGGAUCAGGAUGCGGAGAUGCGUCCGCGUGGUGUUGGCACUUCGAGAGCCCUAGGCGUAAGCAGUGCGGCUAACUCGGGGGCUGGCCGAUCAGAUCCUGAGCUUGCGAGCAAAGAAGUCGCGCAGGCUUUAGCAGGAGUGCGCCAAAUGUCGCCGUCAACAGACGACGAGGAUCAUGACCACUCUCAGGCAAUAGGGCGCGGAAACGAAAAUGGUAACGGGCAUGGUUACUCUGCGGCGGGCGCUGAAGACGAAGACGAAGACGUCUUACAGGCAUUACCAAAGAAGCGCGUUGGAUAUUUUGACUUACAUCCAGACAGAAGGCCCGCGAGGCCGGAAGAUCCUGGACGCUCGAGCACGUCUGGGUAUGGUGAUUCCAUCUACAGCGAAGGCGACUUUGAGCCUACGAGCUCUAUUGGAGAUGGCGAGCGCCAGGUGGAUGGUGACAUAGAAGUGCCGGCAUUUGUGGAUUCCAGUCCCGUACGUCGCGAUUACGAACAAUCUAAGACUGAGUCAAUGACUCUACCGGCUUCGACUAGCGUCCGAGGCACAACCGCAGCUCCGUCACCCGCCACGCAGAGUAAGACUGCCAGCCUUAUCGAGAUGUACCGCGAACGAGAACGGCAAACAGCUUCAUCACCUCCCAUGCAGAACAUUCCUACUACACCACCUCUUCAAAUACAGAAACCUUCGCGACUUCCUGUGCGUUCAUCCUCGCUCCCCCAAGAUGAAAAGGAGAAACCUACUCCUAAACCAAUUCGCGCUCUACCUACACCUCCGCAACCCCCAGCUCCAGUUCGCGAACCCUCUCCCGAACUGGACGAUGACAACGACGAAGAUAUUGAAGGUCUGGAGCCCACACAGCCGUACCUUGCAGGAGAAGUAGGCCGCUCAAGCCCAAUGCGCUAUGUGCAUGGGGCACCGUUACAUAACGUUUUGGAGGAGGAAGAGGAAUGAAAAUUAUCCGUUUAGUCAUUCGUAGCCAAUUCUUCUCUCUGUUAUCCUUUAUCUCUUAUCACGUAUGGUGGGUUUCGGUUGAUCAUUUGUAUCGCAUGUUGAUUACAAUUUCUUCUUGCGUCCACUUCCCUUCUCGGGGUUAUUCAUUGGUUGGUUCUUGCUCUUAUACCCUGCCCUGGAUACCGUGUAUCGCCUUGCUUUCACAUCCUUAUUUCACCACUGUUUCAGUUUCUAAUUCCACCAAAGGAAGGGUGCCACAAACGUUUCUACCUCUGCUUCUGUCUUUAUUCUUGAUUCCUUUUCCGCCCGCCUGUUUGUUACUUAAUAAUACUUAUCUUGAUUUUCUCUAAAUUUCUCGGUAUGUUACAGAACUAUCCCCUCUUAGCGUUUCAAUCUGUCUUAUCGUCCUGUCCCU